AUGGAGGAGUUGAGGGACAGUCGGCCCAAUAUGUCAAGACCUCUGAUCACUAGAUCCCCUGCAUCUCCAUUGAACAAUCAAGGCAUCCCCACUCCAGCACAGCUCACAAAAUCCAACGCACCAGUUCACAUUGACGUGGGUGGGCACAUGUACACCAGCAGCUUGGCCACGCUUACAAAAUAUCCUGAUUCCAGGAUCGGCCGGCUCUUCGAUGGCACGGAGCCCAUUGUCCUCGACAGCCUCAAGCAGCAUUAUUUCAUCGACAGAGAUGGGCAGAUGUUCAGAUAUAUCUUGAAUUUCUUAAGGACGUCCAAACUCCUCAUUCCUGAUGAUUUCAAGGACUACAGUUUGCUCUAUGAAGAAGCGAAGUACUUCCAGCUGCAGCCCAUGCUAGGAGAGAUGGAGAGGUGGAAACAGGACCGGGAGAGUGGCCGCUUCUCGAGGUCGUGUGAGUGCCUGGUGGUGCGAGUUGCCCCCGACCUUGGCGAGAGGAUCACCCUGAGCGGCGACAAGUCCUUGAUAGAGGAGGUGUUCCCCGAGAUCGGGGACGUGAUGUGCAACUCGGUCAACGCCGGCUGGAACCACGACUCCACGCACGUCAUCCGCUUCCCGCUCAACGGCUACUGCCACCUCAACUCAGUGCAGGUACUUGAGAGGUUACAGCAAAGAGGGUUUGAGAUUGUUGGCUCCUGUGGAGGUGGGGUGGACUCUUCCCAAUUCAGUGAAUACGUACUGAGACGAGAACUCAGAAGGACAUCUCGUGCCCCCUCCGUCAUUCGGAUAAAGCAAGAGCCUCUGGACUGA